CCUGUUGUAUAGCUAAUACAAACGGUGGCCUACAGGCUGUAAUGGGAAUAUUGACGGAAGCUCGUCGCUUUUAACAACUCGCCGUCUCCUUUGAAUGAAAAAGUCUUCCUCCAGACUAACAAAAAUGAAUAUGUAUGCUGUGCCCAACCCGGAAAUACCAGGCUGUCCCCCAGGAUUAGAAUACCUGACUCAGGUGGAUCAGCUACUCAUCAAACAGAAAGUUGAGCUUGUUGAAGCCCUUGUUGGAUUCGAAAGCAACAACAAGUAUGAGGUCCGUAACAGCAUGGGGCAGAAUGUGUUCUACGCUGUCGAGGAGAACGACUGUCUGAGUCGACAGUGUUGUGGUCCCAUGCGCUCCUUCACCAUCCACGUACUUGACAAUUUUGGGCAAGAGGUCAUCACCGUUACCAGGCCACUUAAGUGCAUGUCUUGCUGCUUCCCUUGUUGUCUACAAGAGCUGGAGGUGCAGUCUCCCCCCGGUAACACAGUGGGGUACGUUAUACAACAGUGGCACCCGUUCUCCCCCAAAUUCAUCAUCGCGAACGAACACAAUGAGCCUGUACUGAAGAUCCAUGGGCCCUUCUGUGGAUGGAGCUGCCUACCAGAUGUUGACUUUGAGAUUUUGACAAUGGAUGAAGUCAGUAAGAUUGGGAAAAUCAGUAAGCAGUGGACAGGACUUCUUCGGGAAGCAUUCACAGAUUCAGACAACUUUGGUAUCCAGUUCCCCAUGGAUCUGGAUGUGAGAAUCAAGGCUGUCAUGAUCGGUGCAUGUUUUCUCAUUGAUUUCAUGUUCUUUGAGACUACUAACUAGGAGCCAAACAGGAUAUCCAUGUAAGCAUACAAACAUUCCUGGAAGAACAAGGCCACAAAGCCACGAUGCUCAGUCCCAAAUGCCCUUACAUAGAACAACCUUCAAACAGUUAGUUUAAAGGAAGUACCAAAAGGUACCUAAAUGUUAUACUUUUGCAUGAAAAAUUAAAUAGGUUUGUUUUAGUCUUAGCUGCUCAGGUUGGUUGUUAAAACACGUUACUGGGCUGUGAGCACAGGGCAGUGUUUUUAGACAAUGUUUCAUUUGGGUUUACAUUAUGGUCGCUGAGCCCAUCUGGGCCCAGAACCUUUAGCUACUCUAAAACAACUUGAAUAGUAGGAUAACAUCCAUAUAUGAAUGAAAAAAAGGAACACCAUUGCAGGCAAGUGCUGUUAUACAGUUAAUAUAAAAAAAAAAGACUGGUGUCAUUAUCGUAGUAUGCCCAGGUCAGCCAAAUAGCACUUGUGUAAUUUGGUCAUAUUAAUAGUCAUGUUACUUUAUAUGGAGCACUAUGCUUGUAGCCAUAUUGUGUAAGAACUGAAGGACUCAUGUAAUAUCAUAGUUUAUAGUUUAGAUAUUCAAAGCCCUUAUUUAUUGUUUUAUAUUUUGGUCUGUUACACAUUUGUCAACAUAGAGUAAUGUGUGUGUGCACUGCUUUGUGCGUGUGUCUGUGUGCUAUGAGUGUACUUGUGUGUGUGUGUGUGUGUUUUUAACUUAAACAUUAACUAUCAUAGCAUUGCAAUACUAUUUUCAAUGCCAUAAUAAUUAUGCAUAGUCAAUUGUUGAGGUUGUUUAUUUGGGAACGGAGAGGUUAUGGCUUGAUGUGUCCCAGUCUUGUCCACAAGAGGGAGCUAGCUUUUCAUUUAAGGAUAACCCAACACAGCCCAAAUGGACAAACUGAAUACCUCCUUAUGCCAUAUGGUUUUUAUUCAAAUAUUAGUGUCUAAUCACAAUGUAGAUUUUUGGACAAACUCAGGUUGAAAUGCAUGCUACUGUUGGCUCCAGGAAAUACACACCUGCACCUGAUACUAUACAUAUAAAGUUAAUCACAUUUAGUACAUUGAAUCAUCUAAAUAUCCAUAUAUUUUGAAUACAUUGUGUGGUUAUCAACAUGAAUUUCGAUCUUUCUAGAUAUUGCAUUACACAUGGUGUGACAGCUCUACAUGUGUCAAAAAUGCAAGAGUUAAGUAAAACCUUAAUUUCGAUCAAAUGGCUAUUGAUACGGCUGUGCACCAUGCUUCAUUGUAAAAUUCUAAAUGUGAUUUAAUGAGUAUGGUCAUCAGUCUGAUGUUGACUGGUAUGAAUCAUUGUUGCAACGAUAUUAUCUAUGUGCUACAUCAGCAUUAAGGCCAUUAAGAGCUAUUUUGAAGCAUCAGAAUUAGGGCUGGGUAUCAAUGAUUUCCUGAAUGGAUUCAAUUCCGAUUCACAAGGUCCCGAUUCAAUUACAUUUCCAAUUUGAUUCCAUGUCAAUUAGGUUAUGACAAUUUUAGUUACAAUACCAAUUUUGCUUGGUUAUGAAAGAGAUUAUCAGAGAACCUAUGCUGUAAAUUGUACAAACAAGAAGCAACCCUCAAUUUUUUUUAAUAAUGCAGGUUAAUGUUUACAUUAAGAAUUGACCCCCAAAAAGUAUGUUUAAAGUACUUUUUACUUAUACAUCCAUGGUGAAAAAAAGCAUGUUAAAAGAUUGAUCUCUGGAUUUUAUUAAUCACUAUCGGAUCACUGAAAGGAAGAAAAUCGAUUUUAAUUGGAGAAUCGAUUAUUUUAACCCAGCCCUAAUCAUGAUAACAUGUAUGUCAUCAGUGGUUCAGGAAAACUGGAAAAACAUCCAUCUUAAGUAAUCUUCUAAUAGAUAUUAAGUGGUAAAAGCUUUUAAGGCUUUAAAGUGGUCAUAUUAUGCUUUUUGGCUUUUUCCCUUUCCUUUAUUUUGUUAUAUAUCUUUUUUGUGCACGUUAUAGGUUUAUAAAGUGAGAAAGCCCAAAGUCCACC